GUUAUUUUCUUAUCAGAAAUGUUUAAAACAUCUCCAAUUCCAAACCAAACAAAUCGGUUUCAAAACUAAAAACUCCAACAAAGCAAAAUGUUCUUCUUCACCACUCAGUCAAUUUUUCUCGCACUUCUCCCCACUUUUGCCUUGACUUUGACCUGCUACUCGUGUCAAAAUGGUUACGAAACUGAAACGCAAUGUAGCAACCAAUUACCAGCCGGUAUUUGGGAAACAUGCGACCAACCAAACUCACAAUGUGUACAAUCAAUCGAAUGGUUUCAACACGGGGCUUUGCGUCUAGCUGUGCGAAAAUGUUGGGCCCCAAGUGGCAACAACACAAAAAAUUAUUGCCAAAAUUAUAAAAAUAAAGUCGGGAAAUUGAAAUUCUGCGAGGUUUGUACACGCGACUUGUGCAAUAAUAAAAAUUUGUACAAACCGUUGAAAAACACGUGUCGGCCAAACCACCACCACCACAAACAUUUCUAAUUAAAAUAGAUAAAAAUUAAUUGUGUUUUUAUCACUGAAUAAAUAGUAAAAGAGU